AUGCUGACAAUCCCGACCGCAUACACCCCAGAGGCCCCCGUCCCCGCAAACAGGAGAAUCAAAACGUGCUCCUUGACAUUAAACGGGCCGGGGUUGAGAGUGAAGGACCAGCCGGUCAACGGCACGCGGAAAGUCGUGGUGGGCAGGAAUCGUUCCAUGAACCUCCCAAUCGGAAGGGCCACGAUCUGCACGGUCAGAGCAGACAGGCCUAUUGGGUUCUGGCGGUACGCGAAGAAUUGGUUCACGGACGCCAGCAGGACGCACGAGGUGAGCCCUAGGAACCACGUCCGGAAAGUUAGCACCGGCAGGGUCGGGUCGUCUGUUGGCGGCACAGUUAGCCGCACCUCCUCGAUCGGGUGGUACUUCUCUUCAUCGCCCGCAUCUGCAUUUUUUACAUUAGUGAAUGAAGCACGCCUUCAUGUGUGUGCAACUCUCGCCAGACGCGUCAGUUGUCGCUGCAAACAGGAGACGGCGGUGGAGGCCGCUGGCGACUCUAGUGGCGUAGUCGAGCAUAUCUCCGACAACCAUGAAGAAGGACAAGAGUCAGCUUCCCAGCGUAUACGAAUGCUUCGUUGA